AUGGAAACGUCACUUCUUGCCGGUGGAGAGCUGUAUUUUGACUAUACUCGACACCAAAGGCCAUUAUUGAGCAAGCAGAAUUUUUUUGUGCCAGCAUCUACUGUGACACGGGACAUCGGUCUAAACGGUCUCAUCCGACGGACCGGUGAAUUUGUGUCCAACAGUAAGAUUCAAACUUGCAACAUGAAUUGUUUACAAGAAAAGCAUAGGGCAUUCUGUCAAGAUGAAGCAGAGAUUGCCUUUGCCAGUAGAAACUGGGUGAUGGAUUCCAGAUUAGAUGGGAUGAGGAGGGCAAUAACAUUUAAACAAAGAAUAAAUACAACAAAUCCUGAAACAAAAAGAAUAUUCCAUCACUUCAAUCGAGUUGAGAACUAUACGCAGACAAUACAGGACGAGUUCAGAAGAUUCCUGAUAAGUAGUUUUAUGAUGUUCUGCCCGGAUACGCCUUUAUGUUACGACCAAGGAUAUUUCUAUCGCAACUAUUCGUACCUAAGUCUCAUAGGAAAGCAGGAUUUAUGCUCUGAAUGUAAGCUGGUGGCGCGAUGUCAGACUUGUAGUUGUGAACCAGACUGUGAAAGGAAGAAGGACUGUUGCAUAUCCAAAUAUGUAUCGAUGGACCCAGCAGAACCGAUUAAAGAUUUCACCGAUCAAAAAGACGAACUCUCAUGCUUAAGUACUAAAUUAGGGUCAGUUUAUGACUCUUCAGGAAAGGAGAUAAAAAUGCCUGUUGGUUCGUAUUGGAUGAUCAACAAAUGUCCGGAAAAUUACCCUAGAAAUAUGGUAUGGCGAAAGUGCAAGAGAUUUUUACAUUCAGGAGAACAGAUGCAAGAGAUUUACCACACACCUGUAUUUUCAUCGAAGACAAGAGACUCGUACCAAAACGUGUUUUGUGCGGAAUGCUUUGGAGAACGUCCUGAUGAACUUUAUCCAUGGAAAAAGGUUUAUGUGUCAAACGUUGUUGAUGAAGAGGAAAGAAUUAAAGAAAAUCCCAGUGUGAAAGGUAAUGCUGUGGUCUUCACUCCACCUAAGUUCUUAGAAAACAAAUUAAGGUGUAUUAAGCCCGACAUUUCGAAGUGCAACGUAACAGGACUGUGGCUGAAGUAUGACGAGCUAUUACAAUGGGCCUGCGAGACUUUGCCCCAAACAGUUAUCUUUUCUUCAGAAAAAAGAUUCAAAAACGUGUACUGUGCUAUGUGCAACACAUUUGCACCAAAAUUUACUCUUCCAGUGCAUGAAUUGACGACAUUUGACUCCAUAAUAUUUGGUACACUGGAUUUAGAUCGUUUAAGACAAACUCUUGGACUUUUUUCUUCCCUUCUAAGUUUUUCAGCCUUGGAGAUGCUCUCUGCGUAUCAGGUGGACGAGAGAUGUAGUAAAGAGGAAAUUUUUAGUCCUUUAUUGAAAAGAUGCCUGCCUAUUGAAUGUGAUAAAUUCUACACCCAGAAAGGCCCUAAAUGCCAAAGACGUAUCGCAAGUGACCUCUCCGUGUCCUUCCUUGCUAGUUUCGCGGUCUGCAACACACAACCCGGUGUCAAUGUUUUCACUUACCAACUCCGCAAGGAAAUGAUAAAUCUUGUAUUGCAAAUGGAUCAACAAUCUAGAACCGUUAAUGUAAAUUAUGCCUUACCGAUCGUAACCAGCACGAACAGAAUUUGUGUACCUGGUUUGAUAUUGGUUAGACCUAAGAAAGCCGAAAACAUAAUAUCUGUAUCCAAUUACAUGAUACAAUAUGUAAAGAAUCUCACCAGGAGAGGUCUGAAUGGUUCGCUUUUGGAGAUAAAAAUUGGCGGCUUCGAUACGUACUUCUUAUUGAAGACGUACGUAAUCGAGAACCUUAUUGAACCGGAACAAGGCGAUCAGACUCCCACUGUUUAUAGCUAUGCCGCUCAAUGGCAACACUGUCCCAAAAUCUAUCUUCCCAAGGGAUACCGUCUGAAUUAUUCUGAUUUUGAAAUCUGUAUUCUGAAUUACGAUGUCUGUUUUGAAAGUUUUCGUGCAGAAAUAAGCAAAGAGCGCGGAGUGGCAAUAUGCUUAGACCUUUAUAAAGAAAUUACUGAUAACUUCACACGGUUAUCGAGUGAUGAAGACUCGCCCGAAACGUAUUUUUCUGUGCUCUGUAUGUCCGUCUCCUCAUUUGGUUGUCUCCUAACUGUCAGUGUUAAUUUAGGUACUCAACAAGUUUUAACUCUUCCUACUAAAAUUAACAUCAUACUCUCCUUCUCCCUCUUCAUGGCCAAUACAUUCUACACAACGUCAAGAUUUUUCAUUUACUACUUCCCAUUAUGCAUGUUAUUUGGAAUUUUGUCUCACUUUCUUUGGCUUAACGUCCUGUGCUGGAUGUCUGUAUCUUGUUUGGAUGUAUUCAACACAAUGUCUAACGUCAUGAAGUUAAACUCCAACAGAAAACAGACCAAGAAGCUAAUGAUUUACCUCACUGCAUGCAUGACCAUUAGUAUGGUGAUAGUGGCUAUUCAUAUCCAGGUUAGUUAUCAAGUUAGCGGUGGCUCAAGUCUAGGGUAUUCAACCAUUACCUGCUUCAUAGCUGACGGCGCCUUGAAGAUCUUUACCAUGGUGCUGCCGGUUGCUUUGAUGGUAUUUGUGAAUUUCAUUCUGUUCGUGGCAAUGACGUGUUGCAUCAAGAAAAACAUGGCUGCCUCGAAUUCUCAAACAAGCAAACUUUUCAAGAUAUACAUCAAGUUGUCCACCGUGACGGGUAUCACGUGGGUAUUCGGUCUACUGUAUGAGGUAGUCGACGAUCCUUUUCUCUCUCACACUCACACUCUUUUAAAUGGUUCCCUUGGUAUGCUCAUUUUUAUGGCUUUUGGAUCACAGAAAAUUUGUUCAAAAGUUCAAUUCAAAGAAAAAUCUUCUUCUCAAUCGACAGCCCGAACCUCGAAAAAUUAA